AAUGCAUAGAAGUUUCAUAGAACUCGACUGUGUUGACCUUUCUGCAAUACGUAGAAAUUUAAGGUCCAAUGCUUCACCUUCUCAAAUUGUUAAUAACCAUUUCUUCUCCCUAUAUAUAUAUAGGUAUGUAAUAUAUAUAUAACUUAUUUUAACGAUUAUUAAAUAAGCAGAUUAAUAAUUGCAGUUUUUAUAUAUAUUUUGAGAUAUGAACAAUCUCGAAGGCAAGGGUUUCGCCGCAUUGCGUGAUUCCAACACUACUAAAGAUCAUGAAAUACAAGAACGACGCUACAAAGAUAAAAGAAAAGAAAAGGAAAUACUGAAUCCUUGGACAGCAUAUUACUCUCGACAAUGGAAUACGAUAUUCUUGGCUUCAUGUGUGAUUGGAGUUUUCAUUGAUCCAUUUUUUCUCUACAUUCCAAUUGUAAACGACGACCAAAAGUGCCUUACUCAAGAUUUCGAACUGCUGAUCGUAUCUCUUGUUUUACGAUCUGUUACCGAUUUCUCUUAUGUUUUACACAUCAUAUUUCGGCUUAAGACUGCGCUAGCCAUGUCUAAGAAACUUGAUAAAUCAAUUUUCACUGGGCUUCCUUGGCCUUAUCUUCUACUCAAUGUUUUAGCCUUUCUUCCUCUUCCUCAGGUGGUAUUUUUACUGUUUUUCUCCAAGAUUACUGGAUUACAAAAUUUGGUAGCAAGAUGGUUCAUCAACACAGUACUUCUUCUUCAAUAUGCACCUCGAACUCUUCAUGUGUACUUAUUAGCCAAAGAGUUAGGAAGAGCUUUUGACUCACUCUCUAAACGUGUAGUCAGAGGUGCCUUCUUAUUUAUGGUCUAUAUUAUUUCUAGCCAUGUGUUUGGAGCCUUUUGGUACUUUUAUUCGAUUGUUGCUGAGACACGUUGCUGGCACAAGGCAUGUGAAAAACUAACGAAUACAAAAGAAUGUGAUCCUGGUCCUUUUGAUUGUCGUCACAACCAUCCCAUGAAGACUUUGACAAAUAUGGAUCAGUAUUGCCCUAAUAAUCCACCAAAUGCAACUGUGUUCGAUUACGGAAUAUUUACUCAAGCCAUUGAAUCUCGUAUGAUCACCGAAAAACAAUUUCGCGAAAAAUUCUUUCAAUGUUUUUGGUGGGGUUUGAGUAAUUUAAGUUCUUUUGGUCAAAACCUUGACACAAGUAGCAGCAUACCAGAAAUUUGCUUCGCAAUUCUCAUUUCUGCCUUGGGUUUACUUUUUUUUCUAUAUCUUAUUGGAAAUUUGCAGACAUACAUGCAGCUGGAAACGACAAAGUCAGAAGAGAUAAGGAGAAAGACAAGUAUCAUAAAACAAGAAGUAGAUUCUUUUUUAUUAAUUCCAUAUAAAGAGAAAUUCAUCAACGAGAAAGACAUUGAAUUAGAGAAAGCCAUCAAGAGAUACAUAACUCUAACAAUUAGGGAAGGCAAAGAUUUUAAUGUCGAAGAAUUCUAUUCUCUGAUAAAAGAGGAUGCCAAUCCUAACGAGUUUGCAGCUUGGGUAACCAAAAUAUUGGGUGUUAAAAAAUACGAUAGGAACACGACAGAACAAAAAGCAGAGUUGUGGAUAUCAAAAAAUGAACUUUUCGAUGAGAAUGUAACGUCAAAGAUUAAGAAAUUCAUUCAGUUGAGAUUUCAAGAAGGAAAAGAAGUAGAUAAUAUCAACAUUUUGCAUGUACUUCCUUUUUCAUUGGGAAUGUACAUUAAGAAACACUUGUGUUUCCCUAUAUUGAAAAGGGUUCCGUUGUUUCAAAACAUGGAUGAAUAUGCAUACGAAACAAUAUGCAAAUAUCUGAAACCAGUCAAAUAUUCAGAGAAAAGUUAUAUCAUUCGAAAAGGAGAGCCACUUGAUAUGAUUCUCUUCAUCACACAAGGUGUUGUGUGGGCAUUUGGAAAUGAAACUACUCCCAUGAGUCGACUUCAAAAAGGUGAUUUCUAUGGAAAUGAACUCAUAGAAUGGCGAUUAAAGUCAACAUCCAUUGAUGAGUUUCCUAUUUCGGUUGCAAAUCUUAAAUCCCACACCAAUGUUGAAGCCCUUGCUCUUAUGGCCAUUGACUUGGAACAUGUACUCUCCAAUUGCUGGUUCAAGUUCUCCCGCCCCUGCUCAUCUAUUCCUGAGGGCUUGAAGCCUUUCGCAGUUGAUUUUCUACAACAACUAAUGUUGCGAUGGGUUCGAAGGAGAAGGAAAAAAGUCAAGGAAUCUCAGUCGGGAGAGGUAUCAUUGAACAUGCUUUGACAAGUUCACUAGCAACUGUUGUGCUAAAGUUUGUUUUGGUUGUUCGUUGUCAAUUGUUUGCAGCAAUGUUUAUUAAUCAUAAUCAUGUAGUUUUUAUUAGUAUAUUAAUGAAGUUGUAAUAAAAAGCAUCUUAAUCUUUGCCAAGAUUCUUAGAGGUUUUA